GUGAAGGCAGCUCUGUGGGCCCUCCAAGGAGGCACCUCUGUAGUGAUUGCAAACGGAACCCACCCAAAGAUCUCAGGUCACGUCAUCACAGAUAUUGUGGAAGGGAAAAAAGUCGGAACUUUUUUUUCAGAGGUAAAGCCUGCAGGUCCUACAGUAGAGCAGCAGGGUGAAAUGGCUCGAGCUGGUGGCAGGACCUUGGCGGCUCUACAGCCUGAGCAGAGAGCUGAGAUUAUUUAUCACCUUGCUGACUUACUAACUGACCAGAGAGAAGAAAUUCUCUUGGCAAACAAAAAGGACUUAGAAGAGGCUGAAAAUAAAGGGAGAUUGGCCCUUCCUUUGUUGAAGCGUCUAAGUCUGUCUACAUCAAAGCUGAACAGCUUGGCUAUUGGUCUGCGUCAGAUUGCAGCAUCCUCGCAGGACAGCGUCGGCCGCGUAAUUCGGCGAACGCGAAUAGCAAAAGACCUGGAUUUGGAGCAGGUGACGGUGCCUAUUGGUGUCCUCCUCGUGAUCUUCGAGUCCCGUCCGGACUGUCUGCCACAA